AUGCAUUAUUUUAAAGAUCAUCCUACAGACCAAGAAUUAAUUGUUAAUAAUCUUAGAUUAUUGAAUUAUGAUAUCAAAGAAGCAAAUACUACUUUUCGAUUAAACAUUGAAUAGUUAACAAUUGAAAAUAUGAAGGCACAUCCUAAAUUAACAAUCAGCAUUAUUCACUUCUUCGUAUCUAAAUUGUUUGAUGAUGACUCAUUUAUCAAUUCAUUCAAGACUUUGUACCCUCCUAGAACUUAGAUUGAAUAAUCAGUUUAUAAGUAGGAAAUUGCUAAAUUUUUAAAGAAUUCUAAUAAAAUACCAAAGAACUUUUUAAUAACCAAAGUUAUGAUGGAUUAAAGAAUCUUUAUUUUUCUUCGAUAUAUCAGUGAAUUUGCUUUAAGGGCAUAAUUCCUAAAUUUAUUUCCUACCAAGUAAUUGAAAACCUUUUAUUUGGACCCUAAAAGAUUGUUGAUUGAAGAUAGACCCUGUAUUAACGAUUGUAAUGAUAUGUUUAUAAUAUCAAAUUAUCAAUUUGAAAACUUAUAGAAUCUAAACAUACCAAUACAAAUAAUUAAAAUAUUGACUGGUCUAAUUGGACAUUAAAUCUUACUUUAAGUAAAGAAAUUAAAGAAAUUACUAAAAGAAAAUUGCCUAUUCAUUGAUUCUAUCUUGCCGACCAUCGAUCAAGUAUCGUCACAAUUGAAAUCUGAAAGAGACUUUUCUUUAAAAUUAAUCUAAUAGCUCUGUAAAUUAAUAUAUUAUUUAAGAAAACUCAAAGAAAGAAAAUUAGAUCGUAAACCAUAAUUGGAUCAGUCCUAUAAAGUCUUUAAUGGGAUUCAAAAUAUUAUUAAAUAAUUUUAAGAAUAAAAAAUGGACAUAAAUAUGAAUUAGAUUUAAUCCACAAUAAGAUUAGAUAAAUUUUGUGAAGAGGAUAAUUUAAAUAAACUUCACGAAAUUCACAACAAUAAAAUAUCAAAUUUAACAAAAUAAGUUGAGAAAAUAGAAAAAGAAACUUGGGUUAAAGAUAGGGGUAAUAAAUGUAUAUCAUAAUCGGAAGAUACUUUAAAUAAAAUAAAGGAACUUAAAAGAUUAGUUCAAUCUAAAAAAACAAAUAAUAAUUGA